UAGCAAGUCCUUGGAAAUGUUAACAUCUUGACAGCUAAGUAAAAAUGUGUUUAUUGUUGCUUUGAUGAUGCAAGCAAAUGACUACAGAAAAAAAAGAAGCAACAGUACAAGGAAAUGAAACUACUUCACUUGAAGUCAGAGCCUCACCCAUGGAGGGCAAAUGCAAGGAGGUGCUGCCCCUGAGGCAGGUGGACCUGUCAUUGAAGAGACUGAAGGUUAUCCCAUCUGAGGUUCUGUUGGACACCAGAAUUCAGAUACUUAAGCUUGAUCGCAACAAACUUCGAAGCGUCUCACAGAUUGGCUGUCUUAAAGAACUUCAGAUUCUCCUCCUUUCCAAAAAUGAAUUAAAUGAUUUCCCCUUGGAGAUCCAAUAUUUGGUCCACCUAGAAAGGCUGGAGCUCAACCAGAACAAGAUUGAAGCCAUUCCUAGUGGUAUAUUUCUAAACCUUAAGGCCCUCAAAUAUCUGAAACUAAAUAACAACCGCCUGUCAGACUUACCAAAGGACUUAUCCACUUGUUCUGAACUCCAAUAUUUAAAUUUAGCCCACAAUCACUUUACAGAAAUCCCCAAGUCUAUUCUGACGUUAAUGAGUUUGAGAGAACUCUAUGUGGACAACAACAAGUUGCAAAAGCUCCCCUCUGAUCUUUUCCUUAGUCUUUCCUUGAAAAAGUUCAAUGCUUCAUACAAUUACCUGAAGGAACCACCUGAUGAGGUCUGUGCAGGUGGGCUUAAGCAGAUCCAAAGCUAUUUCCUGCAACUCCAGGGGGGGCAAGCAAGAGAGGAGAAGAGAGUCAAAGUAAUCUUCAUUGGUACUAGCUUGGCUGGGAAGACAACUAUAAGCCGGAGCCUCAGUCGAGGCAAGAUCAUGCCAGUCUUUGAGGAGGACAGGACUGUCGGGAUAGAGAUCAGUGAAUUCCAAAUUAAUGACUUUACUUUCCUCUUCUGGGACUUUGCUGGACAUCUGGAGUAUUACGUCACUCAUCAUGUCUUUAUUACACCACAUGCUUUAGUCAUCCUAGUGGUUGACCUACACAGGUACCAGAUGGAUAAUAUUCAGUGCUUUAUAGACUUGGUGGGAUUCUGGAUUAACAACCUGCUCAUGAGAGUGCCCGAUUCUGUAGUCCUUACUGUGGGGACUCACACAGACCUAUGUCUUCCGGAGGAAGUGGAACUAAAGAGUAGAGAUAUCCAAGAGAAGAUCUGCAGCAUGUUGGAUCAACAUAAAGCCAGCCUCCUCCAUUUCAUCAACAAUCUGGGGGCACGUCAGGACUCUGAGCUCUACCUUGAGCAGGCCGAAAAGCUGAGAGAGAUAUCUAAUCGCACCAUAAAUGUUCUUCCAGUUAUUACCAUGGACAGCAACAACUAUGAUGACAUAGAAAAUCUGCAACACCACAUCCUGAAUUCAGUGAGAAAAGUGGAACUAUUUCCUAACGUUAUUAAAAUGUUGCCUAUUGUCUACAAAACAGUGGAACUGUCUAUUCUAGAGGUGACUCAAAGUGAAGACAGUCCUGAACAUGGCAUAAUGGAUUUGGAUCAUCUUCUGAGUGAAAUUUUACUUAGAAAUGAUCACAGUGACUUGGAUAAAGAACUCCUCAAAGAUAUUUUACGGUACCUCCAUCGAAUUGGUCUCAUUGUCUGGUAUGAGGACAUUAAGUCUUUACUUAACACUGUCUUUUUGAAACCAUCAUUCCUCAUAACUGUCUUCAAGAUGCUGGUUAGGCAUGACCUUGCCAAACAACUAGAGAGAAUACCAGCUGAAGUUCUAGUUUCAGAAAGAUCCUUUAAGCGUGAUGUUCUGAAAUGGCAAGAAAUGCUACGCUCCAAGGCCAUGCUUCGCUUGCAAGCUAUUAAGGUCCUUGUUAAACACCAGCUAGAGAAUCUCCCUCUGAGGGACACAAAGGAUCUCUUCCAUGAUUUGUUGGGAAAUUUGAGAGAAGAUGGUAAGUUGAUAAGUCUCUUAGUCCACUUCCAGAUCUGUAUGCCUGUAAGAAACAUAAAGGACCUCAACCCAAGAGCCCAAGAAUUUGUACCUGGGAAUCCAUGGUCUGUAAGAAGUUCGUCAAAGGAGAUGUGCUAUCUUUUUCCAACAUAUCUCAACACCUUGAAGGAAGUUACUGAACGGUGGGGUGGAGAUCACAGUGAGGACAUAUAUGUUAGAGUUUACUUUUCUCCACAAAUUCCAGAAGGAUUUUUUCAAAGACUCAUGGUGAAAUCGUGCUCCUUCUACACUACCCAUUGGGUGGAAAAAGGCAGCUUUCUUCUAGUAAACAAUGGAAAACCACUGGUGAUCAAAGAGAAUAACCAGAGAGCCGACAGUUACCUUGAGAUUCGAAGUCGAAGACCCAAAAAACUCAAUGAUUUUGGACCUCUCUGGGAUUUUAAAUUAACAAUCCUUUCCAUUAUGGAGAAGCUUUGCAAGGAGUGGCCUGGACUUUUUUACUACAUCCGGACCCCUUGUAGGACGGUGGGAUGUCCGGAAGAGUUUGAAUGGCCGGAUAUUGAGGGUCCUGGCUCAGUCUUUGACAUGAAUAAAGAUGACUUUAAAACAUGUGAGGCCUGCUGCAACACAGUCAAGAUGGAGCUACUUCUACCAAAAGCUUCCAGUCAGGCAAACGACUCUCAUGUACCACCGAGUAUCCAUAUCACCAAUUAUGGGGAAGCCUCCAUUGUAUCUUACUAGUAAUGUGAAGAAAACUGAUUACAACAUUCCUAUAAACCAGGACACAUGGAAAAAAGAAUACAAGAAUUAAUUAUCCAAGUGGAAUCAUGCACUGUAAUUAAAAUGUUCUUAAAUAAACAAUU